AUGUGGUUCUUCAAAAAGGCUGCUGAACCGGAGGAUUCGCUUAUGGGCACCGAACACAAAUCCAAUAAACCCCCCAAUACAGCCUUUAGACAACAGAGAUUGAAAUCAUGGCAGCCAAUACUAUCACCGCAGAGUGUACUUCCAUUGCUAAUAUUCUAUGCUUGCAUAUUCACACCAAUUGGCGUAGGUCUAAUAUUGAGUGCCAAAGGUGUUCAGGACCUCACAAUUGACUAUAGCCACUGCUCGACCAAGGCAAACACAGGCGAUUUUACAGAUAUACCGAAAAAGUAUGUUCAUCACAACUUUAAACACAAGGUAGCUAGCAAGGCCAGAUGGAAGUUAGAGAAUGAAGAUGACGAAUCCAAGUGUAUUCUUGAAUUCGAGAUACCGGAUGAUAUCAAGGAUUCUGUUUAUAUAUACUACAAAUUAACCAAUUUCUACCAGAACCAUAGAAGAUAUGUUGAGUCAUUUGACUAUAAGCAGCUCCUGGGGAAGGCCUUAUCCAAAGAUGAAUUAACCACGGCUUGUAGACCUCUUCGCGCGGAGGGUGAUAAGAUAGUUUACCCUUGUGGUAUGAUUGCAAAUUCUAUGUUCAAUGAUACCUUUGACCAACAAUUGAAGGCAGUUGGUGACUCUAACUCAGACUAUGAGCUUACAAACAAAAAAAUAUCAUGGAGCAUCGAUAGAAAAAGGUUCAAGAAAACUACAUACAAUGCUUCUCAAAUUAUACCACCUCCUAAUUGGCGUGAGAGAUUUCCUGAUGGAUACACUGAGGAUAAUAUUCCUAAUAUACAUGAGUGGGAGGAAUUUCAAGUCUGGAUGCGUACUGCAGCUUUACCGAAGUUUUAUAAACUCGCUUUAAAAAAUGAAACGGCACCAUUGCCGAAAGGUACAUACAGCAUGGCUAUUGGCUUACAUUAUCCCAUAUCGUACUUUGGAGGAUCAAAGUCCUUUGUACUAACAACAAAUAGUGUCAUUGGUGGCAGAAAUAUGUCCCUUGGUGUUGUUUACUUAAUCGUUUCUUGUUUGUCAGGCUUAUUGGCAUUAAUCUUUAUUAUCAAAUUAUUCUUUCAGCCUAGAGCAAUGGGUGACCACGCAUUUUUGAAAUUUGAUGAAGAGACUGAUUCUAGAGAUAAUAACGACUUGGCACUGCGGGAGAUUCUGUAG